AUGACUACUGAUCUUGGUCAGCUUAUCGUUUCUACUCGGUUUUCAAGUAUCUACCAUAAAGGAAACCGGGCCAUCAAAGUAACACCAAUAGCAUCAGUGGUGAAACCGCACGACCCGCUUGUCGAGCUGGAAUUGCUACGUCGGCUGCAAGGAUCAGGAAACGAACAUGUUAUCCAGCUACUGUCUUCUGAAGUCGAAAACGGCGUAGUUACGCUACAGUUUCCAUAUGUCAAAUUGAACUUGCAUCAGUACCUACUGGAAUUCUAUCAAAAACGUCGUUGGAAUCCUUACCUCCUGGAUGUCAAUCAAAGUACACAGCCAUCUCAACGUAUAAACAAGCUGCCUCUCGAGCAAGCCAUUGAUUUUUUCGAGCAAUUGGCUUCAGCUCUCGAGUUUAUACAUUCAAAGGACAUUAUACAUCGGGAUCUGAAAUUGCAAAACGUUCUGGUGGAUGUGAGUACGGCAAACGCUAUUCCGCGUCUCUCGGUGAUUGAUUUUGGGAUCGCGUAUCACCCUGAAGUGUCCCAGGAACUUCCCGACACCAAGAUCACAGACGUAUCCACUUCAAUCUACAAGGCUCCAGAGUUGUUGUUUAGCGUUAAAAACUACACAGCUGCCGUUGAUAUUUGGGCUCUACUGAUAAUUGUAUCGCAACUGUUCCAAACUAGCAGCUCGAGUGAGAAAUUUAUUCCGGCAUUUGUGGACGACGGAUCUGAAGAGUUGGACCAAGGCAGUGAUAUCCGAUUGAUUUCAUCUAUUUUCCACAGUCUCGGCAUUCCUGCGCUGCAAGAAUGGCCAGAAGUGCGUGAUCAUGGAUCCCCAGCAUUCGAAGGCAUGUUUGGAGCUUCGGGUGACGGUCGUUACAUCGAGUCUCAACCAGAAACCGUUCAGCGAGAAAAGUGCCUGCACUUAUUCCCACGAUUGGAAGAGGUUAGUGAGCCGUCCAGAACGCUUCUUGUCGGCUGUUUACUGCAGAUGACACCAUUUGAAUCCUCCAGAAGAGCCACCUCGAAAGAUAUUGUGCGCUUGUUGCAUGGACUAAGAUGA